UGAUCUUUGUCUCUUUUCGCAACAACACUCUCGUCUGCAUAUCGGCUCUAGAUAACCUCUAUAGAACUUGUUUCAUCUUCUACUACGAGCGGGCGCCUUGUGCGCACUGCAAUUUCCACCAUGACUUCUUACAACCCCCGAGAUUCCGUCUUCAAUCAGCCUAAACCCGUCGUCCAUCUUCCGCAAGACCUCCUACAAUCCAUCACCAAGGCCGUGCAACCCUACCCGAUCCCGGAAGGAAAGAAGUACGAAUAUGGUACCGCUGGUUUUCGGAUGAAAGCCAAUACUGGCCUGGAUCAUGUCAUGUUCACAGUCGGUCUCACGGCCGCAGCUCGGUCAAAAAAGCGCAAUGCCACAAUCGGUAUCAUGAUCACAGCCAGCCACAAUCCAGCCGACGACAACGGAGUCAAGUUGGUCGAUCCUAUGGGCGAUAUGCUCGAGCAAUCCUGGGAACAAUGUGCGACCACCCUAGCCAACACACCCAACGAUGGACUUGCAAAGGCAUACGAAGAGCUGGUCAACGAGACACUUGUGGAUGAGAUCCGUCAACUUCACGAACGUGCCGCAAAGGUUGUCUUUGCCCGCGACACCCGCGCCUCAGGACCCUACCUAGUCACUGCGCUCAAGGCUGCGCUGGACGCCGUCAAGGUCGAGUACACUGAUUAUGGUAUCAUGACGACUCCUCAACUGCACUACAUUGUUCGCUGUGUCAAUACUAUGAACACUCCAUACGCCUUUGGUGAACCGACUGAGCAGGGUUACUAUGAGAAGAUGGCCAAUGCUUUCAAGACGCUGAUGUAUGGACGAAACAUCCAAGGCUCGGUGACUGUCGACUGUGCCAACGGUGUUGGUGGACCCAAGUUGAAAGAGUUGAUCAAAUAUCUUCCGAGUGCAAAAGAAGGCGGAAUCGACAUCAAGGUUGUCAACGAUGACGUUGUUAGGCCAGAAGCUCUCAAUUUCGAGUGCGGAGCGGACUAUGUGAAAACCAAGCAACGAGCACCACCUAGUUCAAACGCUCAGCCAGGAGACCGAUGCUGCUCACUCGACGGCGAUGCUGAUCGUAUCGUUUACUACUACACGGAUGAGCAGAAAACCUUCCACCUUUUGGAUGGUGAUCGAAUUGCCACCCUAGGAGCGGUUUUCUUGGCUGAUAUGACUCGAGUCGCUGGAAUAGACAGCAAGGUCAAGAUUGGACUCGUCCAAACUGCAUAUGCCAACGGUGCUGCUACGGAGUACGUGGAGAAGGUCUUAAAACUACCUGUCACCAUCACGCCAACCGGUGUCAAGCAUCUUCACCAUGCUGCGGCACGUUACGACAUCGGUGUAUACUUUGAGGCGAAUGGACAUGGUACAGUCUUGUUCUCAGACAACGCCAUCAAAGUGAUCAAAGAAUCCGAGCCAAAGUCUCCCGGGCAGAAACAUGCACUUGACUCGCUCCGUGCUUGUGUUGACCUGAUCAACCAAGCCGUGGGCGACGCCAUUUCAGACAUGCUCUUCGCCGAGGUAGUCCUCGCCCACAAGACUUGGACCCUCGAGAACUGGCGCAACACCUACAUCGACCUGCCCAAUCGUCUGGUACGAAUCGAGGUCCGUGACCGAUCCAUGUUCAAGACGACGGACGCGGAGCGCAAGCUGGAGUCGCCCAAGGGUGCUCAAGAGGAGAUUGACAAACUUUGUCAGAUGUACGUCAAGGGACGAGCGUUCGCCAGAGCUUCGGGCACGGAAGAUGCGGUUCGCGUCUACGCCGAGGCCCAUUCCAAGACCGAAGCGGACAAGCUGGCCCAGCAGGUCUCGGAGGUCGUUCGCAAAUACGGGGUCUAGAAGAUCCACGAACAGCCCGACGGUCUGCUCGUUGGGUACGAGAUAUUGUCUUGGAAAAUACGUCCUCGUGGACACACCACGUGAUGACUUGUUUGUUGAUGAUGAAUGAAACCGAGAGCAGGCUCGAAUGGAUGGAUGGGAUUGCUUAGCAUGUUCUCUUACCCCUGGGCAUUGGGAUGGACGGGAUUGAUUGAUUUUGAUCAUUGCUCACUCACUCAUUGACCGGCGUCUCAGGGAGGUGUUGCAUAGUCCGGGUAGCCACUGGAUGGCGCGCAUUAUCUCACGGUCAAGGGUACAUAGGUACCUACUCUGUAAACGUGAGAACCACACGGAAAAAAGUUGUUUGUUUUGUCCAUUUUAGAACCAAAAAAAAGGAGAAACCAAGAAACCAAGAAACCAAGAAAUUGCCCUCGAA